AUGCAGGGCAAAUGCCCGGCAUGCAAGCACGGCCGACGAAUGCAACGCACGCGCAAGGUCGAGCGCGAGCAAACGGCAGCGGUCAUGAGUGGGGGCGAGGUUGAGAGAGGGCAGGCCGCUGGGGAGCAGAUGCUGCAGCGCAGGCCCCGCGCGUACGCCAACGGCUCCUGGACACUCAAGCCCGACCCGCCGCGCGUGCCCGGCCACGCAGAGGACGACAUCGUGAUGCACCAGAAGGAGGACGCGCUUGGGUUCGUGGGCCUCAAGGGCUGCGCAAGCUCCCGCGAGUUCUGGUGGCACCUCGCCGCCGACAAUGAAUGUCUCUGGGACCGCUUCCCCGCGGUGACCAGCUGGGACUGGACGCCGGGCGACGACUACGAGAUGCGCCCCUCGACGGCGCCGCCACCCACCCACCCACCCGCACGCAUGCACGCACGCCCCGCACACACAAUCCCUCUGAGCACAAUUGCAUGCACGCACGCACGCACGAUCCCCCCGCGCACGAUCGCCCGCGCACCUGUGUAG